CCUGCAAAUACUCAAGCCCCCACCCCACCCCCUCACUCCUCAUUUAUCAGCCCUUCCUGCUCUCCGAGCUCCAACAUCAAUGGCGGACAGCGGAGAAGUAGAAGAAGCUGGCUUCUGGUUGCCGGCCGAGUUCUUCGACGAUUUCGUCACAGGGAAAGACAACCUUCUUAACAACAAAGAAACCGACUCCGGCGACGGUCUCUGCUUCCCUGCCGACUUUCCGUACGAAUCGGAAACCCCCGCCUGCGCGCAUUUUGGGAAGCGGCAGGUGAUGUCGACUUCGCCGCAGUCCACGCUCCUCCACGGCGGGAUUGGGUCGUCGGUGAGGAGUGCCGGCGGUUCGAGUAACGGCAGCCCUGACGGCGUCUAUUCGCCUCCAACGACGCCGUUAGGUGCGGCGGAGUACGACGCUAUCGGAGACCUGAUUCAUCUCGCCGCCGGUCAGGUCGCAAAGCUCAAAUUGAACGGCGACGAUGGAGCCUUAGCUGCCCGGAGAAAUCCCAACCAACUUCCCGUAAAUUACGGUCAAUCUGCUUUCCAGAACAUUCACCAGCAGCAGCAAUACUACAUAAUGAAACAAGAGAAAGAGAAUGGGAGAGCGUGGUACCAAAGCCAAAUGACCCGAGGGGGCUGGGAUGUUGUACAAACCCAUACCCGUAUCCAUACCCACAACCCGACCCGAAUGGCUGCUGCGAAACGGGCAAGGUCUGGGACAGGGGUUUUCCUACCUCGUAACAACGACAACACCACCAGCAACGGCUUCUUUUCUUCUCGCAAAAAGACAGGUUCAACUUAUUUUCCAGAAAGAAACGCCACUGGAGAUCUUCUAAGCAACAAGUUCAAUGGGACCCUGGGAUUUGUUCAACCUCAAUUUCAACCUCCUCCACCUUAUAAUAAUAGUAAUAAUAAUAAUAAUAAUAAUAAUAAUCCUCCCAAGUUCUCCUACAACAGGGGCAGGGGCAGGGGCAGCUUCCUCUCCAACUAUGAAUUGGAUUUGUUCUUGGCUCGCCGCAAUGCUGCGCUGAUGAUCUUACAACAGCAGCGCCGACCGAGCUUUCAGUCGCCCUCUCCAAUGGCUGGUAUAUAUCUUCCUCAGGACUGGACUUACUGAUAUAUACAUAUACAUACAUACAUAUAUAUAUAAUUAUAUGUGUGUGUAGACAGGCUAGUUAGUUAGUUCACUUUUGCUAUGGUAAUGCCUCAAAUGGUUUGCAUCAAUGAGAAUUAUGUUGCUUAGUUAGAGGAUGAAAAUAACAUAAGGGAGGGAGGGGUGGGUGGCGGGAUUUGAAGAUAGAAAAUGUACUCUGUAUUAUUUGGUAGGGAAGUAGAAGGGAAUUGAUGAAUGUUGUUCAGUGAGGUGGGUGCAAAAAAAUCUUUGAUUCAAGAAGUGGGGUGGGGUUGGGUGGGGUGUUUGCUAGGUUUGAUGUGGGGGUAUUUUGGUAAAUUACAAUGGCCACAGAUGAGACAGGCUUGUGGUAAUGGUAGUAAUGGUGAAGACGGUGUGUUGAUGAGAAGUAUGAAUGUAAUAAGUAAGGGUAUGGUAGUUUUGUUCAUCAAUGGAAUGUAAUGUACAUACAACGUCAUCCUAUACUAGUAUUUAUUGUUGUUCCUAUUUUUAUAUAGUAGCAUUUAUUUUGUGUGCCCUUUACAUUGUGUGUUUG